CCCAGCGAGAGGUUGAUUCUCGCGCGUUUCAUGCUCCGAGCCAGUCAGUCUAUCAUGCUCGACAAAACGAACGAGGCGCGUUAAGCCGGUGCGAGAUGAAUUGAUUGAUAUCGUUGUCGGUGGUGGUGGUUGAUCGAAUGACGAUUAUACUCGUCGACGAAUAUUUGAUGCGCGCGCGUCUUUUGUUAUUUACGCCGACGCGAGGUAAGUGAGGCGAGUGCGAUCGUCUGUUGUUUCUUUAUUUGAUUCGGUUCCGUCGUUCCGCGUCCGAGAUGACGUACCGCGAAUACUGGAGUGCCUCGUAAGAAUACUACCGGUCGCGUUUAAACCCGAAGACGGAUCGGAGGAGAGAUAGGGAUUACACCGGAUGUAAAUAACCAGGCAGAGGAGGGAAAGAGUGUUUCCGGCUGUGUGAAUGGCUCGCAGGGGCAUAAGAGUAACAACGAGAAAAGCAGGAUCCUCCGUUUGGAUUUUAGUGUGAUAUAUAAAUUAAAGUGCGGUGCGAGUGGUGAUGCCAGUUCUGUGAGACACAGGAUUAGCGAUUCCCUGGGGCGGGGCAGAGAGACGGGAGUGUUUUUUACGAUUGUUAAAAACCUGGAAGAUGUAUCCAAGUGCUGGAAUAAACGCCGCUGCAGUCGUCGCAGCUGCCGCCGCCAGACAUCCAGGUCCUCCUCAAGCGGGGCAGCCGUUUAAAUUCACGGUUGUAGAAUCCUGCGACAGGAUUAAAGAAGAAUUCAGUUUUCUUCAGGCGCAAUACCACAACCUAAAGUUGGAGUGCGAGAAAUUGGCCAGUGAGAAAAUUGAAAUUCAGAGGCAUUACGUUAUGUACUACGAGAUGUCCUACGGAUUGAACGUCGAAAUGCACAAACAGACGGAAAUAGCGAAGAGGUUAAACGCCAUAAUCGCGCAGAUCCUACCAUUUCUCUCGCAAGAACAUCAACAGCAAGUAGCCACCGCCGUUGAGAGGGCGAAACAAGUUACUAUGACGGAGUUGAACGCCAUCAUCGGGCAACAGAGGCCAGACCUCCCAAGACUAUUGCAACAGAUGCACGCUCAGCAGUUACCUCCUGGUGCUACGAUGGGACCUCACCCGGGGUUACCCAGUCUUCCUGGACUCGGCCCAACAGCCGGUCUUCCCGUGCCGACCUCCGCGUCGGCGGCACUUCUUGGCCUUGGUCUACCUCCUGGGGCUGGUUCGGCGCCCGGUGGAAGCGCUCCUCAUCCACUCUCAAUGCUUGCUAAGCCAGAGCAUCACCGAGGACAACCCGACGACCUAAAACCCAACGGAGGCCUGAAUCCAGCCGAGGAAAGGCAUAGAAAUUCAAUAUCCCCAGCAGAAAGAGAAAAGUAUAGCAGACCAAGAAGCACUCCGGAUCCACAACACCACGAUCAUAUGCAUCUUAAGAAGAUGAAAAAGGAGCAAGACAAAGAUAUCGGACACCAGAGUGACGGAGAGAAAAGCGACCAGGACCUAGUGGUAGACGACGCUAGCGAGGGCCCGACGAGUCCAACGGCAAACGGCACUUCGUCGCCACGAGAAAACGGCCUGGACAAGCUCGGCCCGUCUUCGGUGCAGAUGAGCAGCCAGGUAAAGAAGGAAGUCCCACCACCCUCGCCGAGAAGCGGUACGAGCAGCAACGCCAGCACACCGUCGGCGAAGAAGAUGGAAGAGCGGGAAAAGCCGCCGACGCCGAUAUCGAAACCCGUCACGCCGACGUCUGCCGGAGGCAGCAGCUCUGGAUCUGGCGGGCUCAAAUCUUCCAGUUCGAGCAAACCUCUCGUUUCCGCCUCGGCUGUCGGACCUUAUCCUCAGCACUACCCGCCCCCGCAUCACCCGCCUGCAGGACCCCAUGUCGACAUGCUCGGGUACCCGCCCGGCGCUCUCAACGGAUAUCCAGCGAGGCCGCCUCUUCAACAAUUGUACGACCCUCACGGAGGGAUGAGAGCACCUUUGGGACCACUGGGUGUUCCGGGAGGAAAACCAGCAUACAGUUUCCAUGUAUCGAGUGAGGGUCAGAUGCAGCCAGUCCCUUUUCCCCCAGAUGCCUUGAUUGGUCCUGGCAUACCUAGGCAUGCGCGUCAGAUAAACACGCUGACGCAUGGGGAGGUUGUCUGUGCAGUGACGAUCUCCAAUCCUACAAAGUAUGUCUACACCGGAGGUAAAGGAUGUGUCAAGGUGUGGGACAUCAGCCAAGGGGUUAGUGGAAGUGCAAAACCGGUAUCGCAGCUGGACUGUCUGCAGAGGGACAACUACAUCAGAUCAGUAAAACUCCUUCCGGAUGGACGGACAUUGAUUGUGGGUGGAGAAGCGAGCAAUCUCAGCAUAUGGGAUUUGGCGAGUCCUACACCCCGCAUUAAGGCUGAACUAACCUCCUCAGCGCCAGCCUGCUACGCCUUAGCCAUUUCCCCAGAUUCCAAGGUCUGCUUCAGCUGCUGCAGCGAUGGCAACAUUGCAGUCUGGGAUCUGCAAAACCAGACACUAGUUCGGCAGUUCCAGGGACACACGGAUGGUGCUUCGUGCAUAGACAUCUCUGCCGAUGGCUCGAAACUUUGGACCGGAGGUCUGGAUAAUACUGUAAGAUCCUGGGACCUCCGCGAGGGCAGACAACUUCAACAGCACGACUUCACAUCCCAGAUAUUCUCCCUCGGCUACUGUCCAUCCGGAGAGUGGCUUGCCGUUGGAAUGGAGAAUUCGAACGUGGAAGUUCUACAUGCCACGAAACCCGACAAGUAUCAGUUACAUCUCCACGAAUCCUGUGUUCUGUCUCUUCGAUUCGCAUCUUGUGGAAAAUGGUUUGUCUCUACUGGAAAGGACAACCUUCUGAAUGCCUGGCGCACACCUUAUGGAGCUUCAAUUUUCCAGUCAAAGGAAUCAUCCUCCGUGUUGAGCUGCGACAUAUCUACGGACGACAAGUACAUUGUUACCGGUUCUGGCGACAAGAAAGCAACGGUCUAUGAAGUAAUAUACUAGGUGCGCAAUUGACCUCAAAAAGCUUGUUAAUACAUACUUAAGAUGUACGCUUGUUAAGAAUAUUUAUGAAAUUAAUAUACUUAGUGAAACCCCCAUUGCCAGAAAAAUCUGAUCUGCUACGAUUGUGAAAACUAUAUGCAUUAAAAAAUCCAAUUCAGCUGUCGAAUGAAUUCCACAGACUAAAUUGUAAUAUAGCAAUCAACGCCUGUCUGGCUCACCCUAACUCCGAAUUAUAGGAACUACCAUUCGAUUAAUAAUUAUGUAGUAGAACAAAGUCGUAAAAUUUUUGGUGAAUCGCUUUGUGCAAGCAAAUGGCGCCAUAAUUAACCCGAAUUACGGACUGAUUAAAGUACGGAAGAAUUAGAUUCUAGGAACUGAAGUUAUAUUAAAUAUACAUUCAAGACGUAACAAUAGAUAUUUAAGAUUGUAUAGACACCUAAUCUUAUAAGUAGAGAAUGAAAUGUAUGACGAGUUAUGAUUAUUGUCAUCACAAUUUUGAUUAUCGACAUUAUUAUUAUUAUUAUUUUUAUUUUUAUUAUUAUUAUUAUAAAGUAAAUGCGAACAUUUUUUCUUAUAAUGGAUGAAUAUUAUAAAUUUAUGGUGACCGUUACUUUGAUCAUUUUGGAUUUUUUUCAAUUUCCCCGAAAAUAUGUUUAUAUAAAAUGAAGAAAAUGUCUGUCAAAUAUAAACAUUUCCGAAUAAUAUUAACAUGUGCUACCCUUCGCGUAAUUGAAAUUUUAAAUGUAUAAUAUACUGAAAUUUUUUAUGCUUAAUUAUUUUCUUUUCAUGAAUUCA